GCUUCUGUAAUUUGACGCUAUGCCUCCAGAUCUUGGAUCCUUAUGGAUACCGCUGUAUGUUACUCUUGCAAUACUGUGCUCUUCUGUGAGUUCAGACUUGGCACCUUAUUUUAUUUCUGGGCCACUCUCUGCUAUCCAGAAACUCGGUGGACCCGUAGUACUACAUUGUUCUGCUAAACCUGUGACCGCUCAUAUCUCAUGGUUGCAUAAUGGAAAAAGAUUGGACAGAAACAUGGAACAUAUUCAGAUCCAUGGGGGGACUUUGACGAUUUCUUCUCUGAGCCCCUCCCUUUCGGGUUCCUACCAAUGCGUUGCCAACAACAGCGUCGGUGCGAUUGUGAGCGGCCCGGCAACGGUAUCCACUGCAAUUCUUGGUGAUUUUGGUUCAUCCACAAAGCAUGUUAUUACAGCAGAAGAAAAAAAUACUGGUUUCAUUGGCUGCAGGGUACCAGAGAGUAACCCCAAAGCUGAGGUGCGCUAUAAAAUCCGGGGAAAAUGGCUGAAACAUUCCACAGAGAAUUACUUAAUCCUUCCAUCGGGGAAUCUUCAGAUUUUGAAUGUAUCCUUAGAGGACAAGGGAUCAUACAAAUGUGCAGUUUAUAAUCCCGUCACACAUGAAUUAAAAGUUGAACCCAUUGGCCGAAAGCUCCUUGUGAGUCGCCCUUCUUCAGACGGUUUCCACAUUCUUCACCCCACCCUUCCGCAGGCGUUAGCUGUUCUUUCCCGCAGCCCUGUCACCUUGGAGUGUGUGGUGAGCGGGGUCCCUGCUUCUCAAGUGCGCUGGCUGAGGGACGGGCAGGACGUCGUGCCGGGAAGCACCUGGAGAAGGUUGUAUUCCCAUCUCGCCACAGACAGCAUCGACCCGGUGGACUCCGGAAACUAUUCCUGCGUGGUGAGGAGUAAGUCUGGAGACUUGAGACAUGUGACUUACAUGGUUACUGUGCUUGAACACGCUUCAAUUUCUAAAGGACUGCAGGAUCACAUAGUGUCUCUGGGCGCCACAGUGUACUUUACCUGUGAUGUUCAUGGGAACCCAUCCCCCAACCGUACCUGGUUUCAUAAUGCUCAGCCCAUUCAUCCUUCCCCACGACAUCUAACUGCAGGAAAUGGACUGAAAAUCAGUGGCGUUACUAUGGAAGAUACUGGGCUGUAUCAGUGUGUGGCAGAUAACGGGAUUGGAUUUAUGCAGUCUACUGGAAGACUUGAAAUUGAAAAAGACAGUGGAUUCAAGCCGGUUAUAAUCACAGCACCGGCCAGUGCAGAGGUGGCCGCCGGAGACUUCGUCACUUUGUCAUGCAAUGCCACAGGGGUGCCAGCGCCAGUCAUCCGCUGGUACGACGGCCACGGCCUGAUAACCAGCCAUCCGGCUCAAGUGCUCAGAUCUAGAUCCCGGAAAUCACACUUCCUUAGACCCGGGGCCCCGGACCUGGAGCCCGUCCACUUUGUCGUGUCCCGAGCUGGCUCAAGCGUGCUCCGUGUCCGGGCUGCCGCUCGAGAGCGUGCGGGGAGGUACGUCUGUGAGGCCGCAAACGAGCACGGCUCCACGCGGGCAGAGGCGUUCCUCACAGUCGUACCAUUUGAAACAAAUACAAAAGCCGAAACAGUCACACCUUAUGAUGCUACUCAGAAUGAUGAAAGAGGUAAAAGAGAUGGUUUAGAAACUGGAUCGUUGAGCUCAUUUCCAGUGAAGACACAUUCGGAAUCGUCAUCAGAGAAGAACGCUAGCGGCGCCUCUGUUCCCGAUGCUCCCAUCAUACUGAGCCCCCCACAGACCCACGCACCAGACACGUACAAUCUGGUGUGGAGGGCGGGGAAGGACAGUGAACUGCCCAUCAACGCCUAUUUUGUGAAGUAUCGAAAGCUGGAUGAUGCGGUUGGCGUGGUGGGAAGCUGGCACACGGUUCGAGUCCCAGGAAGCGAAAAUGAGCUCCGUCUGACUGAACUGGAGCCAUCUAGUCUUUACGAAGUCCUGAUGGUAGCAAGAAAUGCAGCAGGCGAAGGACAGCCUGCCAUGCUUACCUUCCGAACCAGCAAAGAGAAAACAGCAUCGUCAAAAAACACACAGGUAUCCUCUUCACCCGUGGGCAUGCCUAAGCAUCCUGUUGUUUCGGAGGCUGCGAACAAUAAUUUUGGAGUGGUGCUUACAGAUUCUUCUAGGCAUAGUGGAGUUCCAGAGGCACCAGAUCGGCCUACUGUCUCCACCGCCUCAGAGACGUCGGUCUACGUCACUUGGAUUCCGAGGGCAAAUGGCGGUUCUCCAAUCACUGCCUUCAAGGUUGAGUACAAACGAAUGAGGACUAGUGAUUGGCUGGUGGCAGCUGAAGAUAUCCCUCCUUCUAAACUUUCUGUGGAAGUUCGCAGUUUAGAACCAGGUUCAACAUACAAAUUUAGGGUCAUUGCUAUCAACCAUCAUGGUGAGAGUUUUCGAAGUUCAGCGUCUCGUCCUUACCAGGUGGCUGGGUUCCCCAACCGGUUUUCCAACCGUCCAAUAGCCGGACCUCACAUCGCGUACACAGAGGCUGUCAGUGAUACUCAGAUCAUGCUGAAGUGGACAUACAUUCCAUCAAGUAACAAUAACACUCCUAUUCAAGGAUUUUAUAUCUAUUACCGACCAACAGAUAGCGACAACGACAGUGAUUACAAGAGAGAUGUCGUGGAAGGUUCAAAGCAGUGGCACAUGAUUGGCCACCUGCAGCCAGAAACCUCCUACGACAUUAAAAUGCAGUGCUUCAACGAAGGAGGAGAGAGCGAAUUUAGCAACGUGAUGAUCUGCGAGACUAAAGUGAAACGUGUUCCUGGAGCUUCUGACUAUCCCGUCAAAGACUUGAGUACCCCUCCGAAUUCUUUAGGAGGUGGAGGAAACAUGGGGCCUGCAGCCAGCCCUGCCAGAAGCAGCGAUAUGUUGUACCUGAUCGUGGGCUGUGUGCUGGGGGUCAUGGUCCUCAUUCUUAUGGCUUUCAUUGCCAUGUGCUUGUGGAAGAAUCGCCAACAGAAUACCAUACAGAAGUAUGACCCACCGGGGUAUCUCUACCAAGGGUCAGAUGUUAAUGGGCAGGUGGUGGAAUACGCCACUCUCUCGGGAGCAAACCGGAUAAAUAGAAAUGUUCAUGGAGGCUUCCUGAGCAACGGUGGCCUCAGCGGUGGCUGCUCACACCUGCACCGGAAGGUCGCAAGUGGAGUCAACGGAGUCGUGAACGCAAGCUUAAAUGGAGGGCUUUACUCCGGGCACAGCAGCUCUCUAACCAGGACGCGUGUGGACUUUGAACAUCCUCAUCACCUAGUGAACGGUGGCGGAGCGUGCACCGCAGCACCUCGGAUCGACCCUCUGGAGUGUGCCAGCUGUCGAAACUGCCGGAACAACAACAGGUGUUUCACCAAAGCCAACGGUGCGUUCAGCGGCGGCCCCCUUCCUGCAGCCCCUGCGGCGGGACCUUAUCUCCAGGGUGGCCUGGAAAUGAAGCCCCUCAGCCACACGCGGGUGUCUGUGUGUCUGGCUCCCACAGUCCCUGAUGGUGGCACUUUGCCUGAGGAGAGCGUCAAGGACCGGGUGGCACCAGUACCUGCUCGGCACGCCUGCUGUCGGGACAGCAUAGACGACAUCCACUCUGAUUGCACAGAAGACGCAGCAGAGCUCGGCAGAGGAGACAGCUGUGUCCAUUUAGAAACAGAGAACAAAACUCUAAGUUGGAAUCCUCUUACUUUGGUCCCUGUCUCGGAGGACUGUACUGAGAAGACAGCACGGCGUCCCCCGGGCCUUCCGUUAGACGGCUCACCGGGGGCCCCGCAGCAACCCCAGGAAACCUGACGUGCAAAUGGCCAGUCAUGUUUCCGUGUCCAGCCAGUAACUGCACGAGACAGCCCUGGGAAUGAACUGUGUGAAGGACCUAAUUCAAAUCAGAGAAAAUCAUUAUUUAUUUUUUUUGUAGUAGUAAUGUCAUCUGAAUGUAUCUUAAAAUGUUGCCCUUUUAUAUUAUUUAUGCCUUAAAAAUUUUCUUCCCUGUUCCUUCCUCCCCCUCAGUAGGAAACAGCCUCGUAUGGUUUGCAGCCAUCUGGAGCACAGCGGAAUUAUUCCGUGCUUUCCACAAAGCUCGGUGACAGCGGGACCCUCAUGCAGAGGGUCUCGUGUGUUGGAGGAUCAGCCAAGAGGGGAUCACAGGGGCUGUUUGAAGUUUGCUACCACACAGUUUUCAGAUGGAAAACUGUCUUCCGAUACUGUGUCAUCAGACUUUCUGAGAACAUUUUGAAAUCAACCACAGUUGUGACCUAACGUCCAUAGUAACAGAUCUGGCUGGUGUUUUCCGAGUGCCUUUCACAACAGUGACAGUGACUUUCUAUCCGUACGUGGGCACGAGCAGUGUUCCAUCUUCUAGGCGCUGGUUAUGAGCAGCGGCGCGGACACAGCUGCGUGAAAGGUCUGGUGCCUUAUCGCAGCAUGCGGAAAGGGACCCAGGCCAGAGAGAAAGCAACGCCUUAACGUCCAUCACUUGAAAAUUACACUGAUUUAUAAAAUAGCCACCACGGGGCUCCUUUAGACUGUUACUGAGAGUAAAAACAAAGUAAGACUUUAAGUGGUGGCUUGAAGAGAAAGAUAUACAUUUUAAGAGAAAAGGGAAGGGCUCCCGGCAGCCAGUCUUGCCGGAAGCUCGCCCGUCUGUCCCGGCGGCGUAGGGCCGUGCUCGUGGCGCCGCACUGCCCGAACGCAGCCGUCACCUCCCCCCGGUGUGGGCAACAGUCAGAAAGAUGUGAGUGUCAGGAAAGACCUAAUUGGGAAGCAAAGGUGUUUUUUUUUUUAACUUCUUGACUUUUUUUUCAGAAUGUCACCAUUGUAAACAGACCCCGACAACUUUGGUCAGCAGGGCGUAUACGUCACUGCCGCCUCUGUGACAAGGACAUUUGCAGCUGCUUUCGGAAGGCUGUUCUCCUCCAUGUUAAAAACACAAACACACACACACAGUAAAUGAAUUUCGUAGCUCGAGCCAAGCUUUGAUGGAUCACUGCUUCUUUUUGGUCUGUACAUCCCUUUGGGGAAAGAAACAGAAACUUAGUCUGUUUGUGUAGGUCAGGCAGUCACAGCAUAAAUGCAGACAUUUUACAGUGUCCCAGAAAUUGCAGCGGCAUAGAAUAGAACACUACGUUAAUCCAUUUUCUGUAUAAAUGCAUCAGUAUUCCUUUACAUAUGUCUAUGUUUUAUAAUAGAGCUGCUGGUGAGAAGGUGCUUGUUUAAGCUGGGUCCCCAUGCAAGAGUUAGAACGUAGCGGAUACAGUUUCAUAGUUAGAUACUAGGGUGCUGUAGAGCUCUACAAGUUCCACAUUUCAGAUGUCCGCACCUGUUGUGUGCUGGAUUUACUCUUCAUGUUGCUUAGACGCAGUUAGCUUUGGAGCGGGAUAGCUGCGCCCCUCCUUUCUGCGACCAGCAAGGGACGAAGUCCUAGUACCCAGAAUAUGAAACACACUGUGUCUGCCAGUCGGGUGGCAGUGGGGCUGUCGCAGAGGGAGCUGCAGAAACCUGGGAGGUCAUGUCCGCAGACAGCCAUUCCGAUUCAGGAAACAGGUGUGUUAGCACGAGCCGUAGGUCAUAAACUGCUUUUAAAGAUUGAGUUUGAAUAUGGGGUUUGUCUAUGAGGAAGAGAAAAUGGCUUUACCUUUAGGACAAUCUCAUUGUGGACUUCUUUAUUUAUAUUAUUAGUAACGCUGUUUU